AUGAAAGCCUAUAAAUUCCCUGUAAAAGACUGCAAAGCCCAUGCAUUUUGCAAUUAUCCUUACACAGAAGAUGUCGCUAAUCUUGAUACAGCUGAUUUAAAAUCCUAUUUAAAAUCUCUUUCACCUAACAAAAAAUACAAUUUAUCAGAACGUGAAAUAAUUAGCACAAAUACAUUAGCAACAGAAUUAGAUGUAAAAUACCUUAAAAAAAUCCAAGAUCGUAUGGACGAUCACAACUCAGUAAAAUCUGGGAUUCCUAUAGUAACUGAAGAAGGUCUGAGCGAUUGAUGCCAACAAAGCAUUAAUCGGCGAUUCCCAGUUAUCCCUAACAUCAGGCCUUUUAUGGUUUCCAAGCCGAUCUAUGAGUAUUUGAAAAGCGUGCAAGACAUUAAAAAAUCACCGCAGGGUGGAGGAAAUAAUGCAGCUUCUAGAGAGCUGAUAACACAAGGAGAAAUCCAAUCGAUUUUAGAAAAUAAUAAAGUGAACAUUUAUUCAUUGGAGCCACGGACUAUGGAAAAUGGGACUGCUUUUAUGUACCCAAGACAAAAAGACAGAGAAAAGCCUAGGAAAUCACUCAUAAAUGAUUCCUCUGGGAAAAUUGCACAGAGAACUCACAGUGCUAGGAGCAAUAAUUCAAAUGCAACCUACACAAGAGCUCGAAGUUCUGUUAUGAGCCAAAUUUUGCACCAAUUUAAUACAGAAGUAAAAGAAUAUCAUGGGAACUUAAGAACUGAUUCUCACAAUGCAAGGGAAAUUUAUGAAGGCAUUUUAAAAGAAGGAAAAGCUCAGCUGAAGCUAGAACGGUCUUUAACUAAAGAAAAAAUAGUAUUUUUGUCAGAUAACCAAAUAAAGCUGCUAGACCGAGAUAUAGUUUACAAUCAGCCUUCUUAUUUAAUGAUGCAUCUUGAUCUUAUUCAUAAAACUGAGACUGAUGAUGCUUAUAAGCUAGCAAUAAAAAAUGACUGGAAAAAUGCUCUGGCUGAGUAUAAAGAAAAUUUUAAAAAGCAAGGACCGUCGCAAGAGGGCUGCUUUAAUAUAGCUGUGUGCUUACUUCCUUAUCCGUGAAGAACAAAAAACUUUGUUCGCUUGCGGAGGUGGUUUAUUUCUUUUUUUUUAAAAAUUUUAAAAACACGAAAUAAUUUUAAAGUAAAAAUUAAUUUGUUUGUGAAAUUUAUGUUUUAAAAUGCAAAUUUAUUAAAAUGAAACAGAAUUAGCUAGAAAUUUCAUAACAAUAAUUAUCACUAAUUUAUAUCAAAAAUAUUUUUUAUAAAGAAUUUUUAUAUUAAAGUAUUUUUUUGUUUGCUUACAGAGGUGGAUUUUAAUCAAAUAAUAGGGAUUUUCCAAUGGUUUUUCUUGCUCACGGAGGGGUGAGUUAGAACAUCUGAAUAGCUAUGAAAUGAGCAGGACUUGGUUUUCUGAGUAAGUAACUAUUUAGGGCUCUGCGAUUUGAUAUAAAAUCGCCUGAAGUGUUAUUAGGUCUUGCAAUUGCAAGUUUUAAGCUAAAUGAAGUGGGAAGCUGCAUCUAUUUUUGUGAUCGAAUAAUGGAAAUUGAGCAAGCUAAGGACGGAAGAGUCUAUUUUUUAAUGGCUCUUUGUAGCAAAGUAAUAAACAGUAUCGAUGAAAGUACACUCCAUUAUUUAUUACUACUGCAAAGGUGCCCAGAAGACAGACUAAGCCCAGUCCAAUCCACUCAUGACUGAGAUGAAACAGUCCCAUUGGAGAAAUGGAUGUAUAAGUCGAAUAUUCCUUUUUUCAGAAGAUUUGAUAAGAAAAAGCUUGUAAAUUACAUUUAGAAACAUCUCAGUAGCUAUGAUAUAAUACACUUAGAAUCAACCCAUGUAUUUGUUCCUGACCAAGAUAAAGCAUAUAUCAUCAUUAACGGCAUGAUAAAAGUGCGAGACCAUACGCAAUAUCUAAUGAAUCCUAAACUAUUAUGAAGAAUCCGCUGUGGACAUUAUCUCUAUUAUCCAUAUCACAGGCAUUUCUUUGAUAAUCCUUAUAUCUGGCUUUUCGUUGACAGAAAUACCUGUGUUUUGUCUAUUCCCUCUGAGGAUUUUGAAGCUUUGCUAAAAGAAUCUAGACAAUUAAAUUCUGUGAUCCUGACUAAUGUGCUUUGCUCGUUUAGGCUUUUUAAAAAUGUUAGCGAUAAUUGUAUAGACUCUCUGGUGCAGGAAUCAAUGAAAAUAAAAAAAUUCAAAAAAGGACAGCUUAUCAGAAGAAAAAUUGGAGUAAGCGGGGAAGGCAAAGGAGUAUUUGGAAUAAUUAUUAGUGGACUGGUCGAUGUAAGAAGAGAAGAUGGGCAUGAUAUAGGCAUGAAAGGAAGGGGAGAUUAUUUCGCUGACUCCCCCCUCCCGUGAGUGAACAAAACCAUUAGAAAAAUCCCUAUUUUUUGACCAAAAACUCACCCUCCGUGAGUGAACAAAAAUUUUUUUAAUAGAAAAAAAAAUUUGAUAUAUAAGUGAUAAUUAGUAUAAUGAAAUCUAGAGCUAAUUCUGUUUAAUUUUAAACAAAUUGCGUUUAAAAACAUAAAUUUUAUAAAUUAAAUUAACAUUUGCUUCCCAAUUUUUGCAAAUUAGGAUUUUUUUUUAAAAUUUCGAAAAAGCAUUUUCCACAAAAUUUAUAUAUAAAUUUUUUUAAAAACAAAAUUAACCCCCUCACGGAGGGGGGAGGGGGGAGUGAGGAGUUUGUGUUUAAAGAAAUGAGGGGAACUGCAUCAUAUGGAGAUUUCUAUGCGAAAAGUGAUACAUUAGAGAUCGGGUUUAUAAUUGCUUCAGAUAUUUUAAAACUUCCUGAGCAUGAGCUUGAAAAAUUGAAAAGCAAUUUAAGCAGCUUUAAAAGAACGAGGUCUCGUAAAGAAACUCAUACAAAAAAUAACUCUUUUUGGCUUUAA